CAGAGUCCUACCCUGGCCGGCAUACUCACCUGAUAUGAACCCCAUUGAGGACUUGUGGUGCCUGAUCUCCAAAUGCCUGGAAAAGCGAGCUGCGACGUUGAAGGAAUGGGAAAAGAUUCCGCUCGAAUACCUCCGGAAGCUCAAUGUAUCGAUGCCCCAGAGGGUGAAGGACCUGUACGAUGUUAAGAGGGGUCAUACAAGACAUUGAGGUUUUCUAGCGAGGGUGAGGAGGGGGGUGUUGGAUGGAGCCGGUGGGGUACUCAGGAAGGACCCAGCGAAUACAGUAGUUAG